GCCGCGGCAGCGGCGCCUUACACAGCAUGGGGUAGCGGUGGCGGCGAUGACGUGACGCCUCCAGGCACGCCACACGACGAUCUUCCAUCCAAUGCCAAGAACAACAAAGAGGGGUCGCAUCGUGCUGAACCAAAUACGCCUAGUGGAGCGUUUCCGACCACGCCGACCAGCAGCCAGAGUCAGCACGAACGACCGCCACUGUGGAACAUUAACGAUCUGGAGGAUGACGACGACAGUGACGCUAGUAUUAGUCCUCCAACGGUAACUAGUACAACAACAGGCAAACACGUUGCUUUUGGUGGUGGAAACCAGAACAAUAGAGGUGCUGGUCUAGAACGUGGCUUUGGAGGUCCUGGUGGUGGUGACGAUGAUGGUGACAGGAGAGUAAGAGGAAUCAGUGGGGUAGAACGUGGCUUUGGAGGUCCUGGUGAG